UUUCCGCGACCCUGUCAAGGGAAACGAACGGAUGCUCACUGCAGAUAAGCGACUUGCCCAAGUUCAAACCAGGCUGAGCGGCAGAGCUGAAAGCCACACACGGGGCUGGGCCCCCACAUCUGUAGGCUACGUUAGAACAGCUGUAAAGAGCUUCAGAUUUGACUGAAGUGCUACGUCAGGGGCCUACGCACAGACCCGGCGAGGACAGGACUUCCUCCCCACACGGGCGGGGCGGAGCGAGCGGGAAGGGGCCUGCUGCAGCCGAGGUGACACAUCUCUGCCUGCCAGGCCAGCAGCAGCUGGGCCAGCCGUUCACAGGAGCCCUGGCCACCGCUCCCCGGAGGCUUUGGAAUGGACUUGUGCCAGCCAGACCCCGCGGAGCUGAGCAGCGGGGAGACUGAGGAGCUGCAGCGGAUCAAAUGGCACCGGAAGCAGCUUCUGGAUGACAUCCAGAAGCUGAAGGAUGAGAUCGAGGAUGUGUUUGCCCAAAUCGACUGCUUCGAGAUUUCAGAGGAGAGCCGGAUGGCCCAGAAGGAGAAGGAGCUAUGCAUUGGGCGCAAGAAGUUCAACAUGGACCCCGUGAAGGGCAUCCAGUAUCUCAUUGAACACAAGCUGCUGACCUCCAAUGCCCAGGACAUUGCCCGGUUCCUGUACAAGGGCGAGGGUCUCAACAAGACGGCCAUCGGUACCUACUUGGGGGAGAGGGACCCCAUCAACCUGCAGGUCCUCCAGGCCUUUGUGGACUGCCACGAGUUCGCCAACCUCAACCUCGUCCAGGCCCUCAGGCAGUUCCUCUGGAGCUUCCGGCUGCCGGGCGAGGCCCAGAAGAUUGACCGGAUGAUGGAGACGUUUGCCACUCGCUACUGCUUCUGCAACCCAGGCGUCUUCCAGUCCACAGACACCUGCUACGUCCUGUCCUUCUCCAUCAUCAUGCUCAACACCAGCCUCCACAACCCCAACGUCCGGGACAAGCCGCCCUUCGAGCGCUUUGUGUCCAUGAACCGCGGCAUCAACGCCGGCAGCGACCUGCCCGAGGACCAGCUGCGGAACCUCUUCGACAGCAUCAAGAGCGAGCCCUUCUCCAUCCCUGAGGACGACGGCAAUGACCUCACUCACACCUUCUUCAACCCUGACCGCGAGGGCUGGCUGCUCAAGCUGGGAGGCCGCGUGAAGACGUGGAAGCGGCGCUGGUUCAUCCUGACCGACAGCUGCCUCUACUACUUCGAGUUCACCACUGACAAGGAGCCUCGAGGAAUCAUACCCCUUGAGAACCUGUCGGUGCAGCAGGUGGACGACCCUAAGAAACCGUUCUGCCUGGAGCUCUACAACCCCAGUUGCAGGGGCCAGAAGAUAAAAGCCUGCAAGACGGAUGGUGAUGGCAAGGUGGUGGAGGGCAAGCAUCAGUCUUACCGGAUCUCGGCCUCCAGCGCCGAGGAGCGGGACCAGUGGAUCGAGGCCAUACGGGCCAGCAUCACCCGUGUCCCCUUCUACGACCUGGUCUCUGCUCGGAAGAAGAAGAUAGCCAGCAAGCACUGAGCUCCUGGGAGGGGUGCUGGGCCAGGCGUCCCGGAACCCCAUGACUGGUACCUGGAGACCCACCUCCCAGUCCAGGGCACCCUUUCCUGGCCUGCAGACAUCCUCCCCUCCCCCGUUACUUGGAGCUGACAGGAUGGGGAGGCGGAGCUCAGGAAGGUAGGUGGGAACAGCUGAAGGCCCCGAAUGGCCAUGAGGCCCCUCGGCACCCAGCGGCUGCCAGGAGAGGCCUGAGGAAGCAGGCGAAGAGAAGCCAGCCCCCCGUCCUCUCUCUGGGCCUCAGUUUCCUUUUCUGUGAAUGUCUCCUCGCCCUCUGAAAUGCUGUCAGGCCUCACAGCAGGAGGGCUGUGGGCUUCCUAAGCUCCAUCCCUAGGGCACUGUGUGCCUUCUGCCCAGGGCUCACUCCUCCUCCGGUUCUUGGAAAACUGAGGGAUGUCUUGGCCCCUCUGGUCUCUGUGCUCCCCACCAUUGCACCCGGUGAGGGGUGCCUCAGCCCCAGUGCAGGCCCCAGCAGUCAGCCCCUGGCUGCCUCCCUCCUCUCGAACUGCUUCCUCCAGGCAGACCGACAGGAUUGCACCAGGUCUCCCUAGGGAGCUUCCAGCUGAAGAUGUCUGCACUUGUUUACUGAGCUGGAGGGGACUCUGGACUGGAAGCUGCGGGGAGCCUAGAGCAGAGUGGGCUCCGCCCUCGGGAUGUCCAUUUCAGGGGAGGCGCCGGCGGGACUCCCCAAGAAAAUGGCGCAGAACAUCCCAGACAGAUGUACUCGAGCAGGACUGGUGGUACAACCAAGAAGCCAAGAAGAGAAAGCUUGUGAGUGUGGAUUCCAGGAAGGCUGCCUGGAGGCAGCGGCCAAGUCGAUGAGUGACACAGAAGCUCAUGGCAGAGUCUCAGCCAGGCUUCCCUGCGAGACCCCUGAGCAGGUUCCCGUGCUGGUGAGGGGCGGCCCAGCUGGGCCCCGCAUCCCGGGACCCUCUGCAGCAGCACACGGAGAGCUGAGCCGCAUCCCGAGACCCUCUGAAGCAGCACACGGAGAGCUGAGCCAACUCCCCAGCAACUGACAGGCUCUCUGUCUCCAGGGAGGCCCAGCCUGGAGGAGGAUUCCUCCCUCCAGCAGCCUUCUUCUCAGAGGCACUUCUCACCCCCUCACCGGGUCCUGGGGGAGCCCCUGGAGGGAAGUUCCCUGCAGGAAGCAGCAUAUGGGGUUGCCUCUGCCCCACUGCCAGCCUGAGUGGGCAAGCAAGAGCUCAGGGGUUCCCCAGGGGAGGGGAAGCCACCUCUCUUCUCCCCGCCGCCACCCCUCCACGGCGACAGGAAGGCGGCUGCCUGGUGGAGGGAGACCCCCCAUCUCUGGGAGUGUGCAAGUGCCUGCUAUGAGAUGGCACUGAGGAGGCGCUGGGCUGGGCAGCUGCGGGAGGCGGCCUUGCAGGACAUGUCGGGACUUCCCAGACCCCGGGUCAGCCUGGGAGCUGACCUCCACCUCUGCCACCUCACUGGCCCAAGAAGGGGCAGUCAGGGGUCAUGGGAGGAGCGCUGCUCUGGGGGUCACAGGGUCUGAGGUCCUCUCCUGCCACUGCCAUCCGCUGGCUAGCUGUGUGAUCUCAGUCCACUCCGGUCCCCUCGGUCCUCAGCGCCUCCCCUCACUUUGGGGGAACCAGUGACUAUCUGGGCACGAGGAGCAUGAAUCACUGAGAUGAGAGAAUAAAGUCAUGAUCCACCUCAGGAGUGAGGCCCUGUCCUCUCUCUGUGACCCAAUCCUGGCCCUUCACCUUCAUCACCUCCCCUGCUGAGGGCAGGAGGGCCAGGCAGGGAAGAGUGGGCACUGUGGAGGGGCCUGGACCCUCACCCUCAGGACACUUGAGGCUGCCACACUGGACAGACAUCCCCGAAGGCCGGAUGUGCCACAGGGCUCUCUCAGAGCAGGGGUGGGGCGAGCUGGUUCUGCCCAGGCUGGGGAAAGGUGAAAGAACUUCCCGGAGGCAGUGCUGUCUAAAGGGAAAGAGCUGCUGCCUGGGGAGAGAGGUGAUGAGCUCCCUGUCUGUGAAGGGAUGCAAGCACAGCUGGCUCUAAUGGCCCUGUGGGGUGUUAUAGAAGAGCUUCAAGGUGGUGACCUUCCUUUACUUGUACUUCUCACAUUUAUUAAAUUCCUCCAGGGUCCCAGGCGCUGUUCCAGGCACUGGUGAAUCCCUGCCGACUGGG